UUCAAGUUGGAAGGUUGCGGCUGAAUUUAGACUGAAACAAUUGUAAAGUAGGAAGCAACUUGAAAUUGAAUAGCAUGGAGAAAUGGAGUAGGACAUUUGAAGGCCCUACAUGCCUCCACCUACCAACUAAACCAACUUGACUUUGAAAAUAGUCCACUCUUCUCCUCUCCUACCUUGAUUCUGAAAGAUCAGCCCACGGAUUCUCUACAAACCAUUGGCAGUGGGCAGCCACCAACCCUCCUACCCACUUGCCUACUCCUGUAUAAAUUCAAUACUUUUGAGUUUCCCUCCUCCCAAUUCCCCAACAUUAGUGUAUAUCCCAAGCCUUUUCAUCAGUUCAUCCCUCUGUUUCCAUCUUAAAACAUGGCUUAUCUACCUUAUCUUCUUUUUAUCAAACCAAUUUUUGGCACAACUCUCACCCUACUUAUAAUUCUUGCACUCACCAGAAACUUCUUGUACCCCCAGCUCUACGCAAAUUUGCCCCCAACCCUUCUCUCACUCAUCACCUUUGUUCCACUUGCUAUCUACUUUUUCUUCCACACCAUUUUCAAGUCUUCGGCUGCCCUCCCUCCAGGCCCUCUCUCUAUUCCAAUAUUUGGAAAUUGGUUCCAAGUUGGGAAUGACCUGAACCACUGCCUUCUAGCUUCCAUGGCACAAAAGUAUGGACCAGUAUUCCUCCUAAAACUUGGCUCAAAAAAUCUGACUGUGGUAUCAGACCCUGAGCUAGCCACCCAGGUGCUGCACACACAAGGCGUGGAAUUCGGUUCGAGGCCGCGUAACGUUGUUUUCGACAUUUUCACUGGCAAUGGACAGGACAUGGUGUUCACAGUUUACGGGGAGCAUUGGCGCAAAAUGCGUAGAAUUAUGACGUUGCCAUUUUUCACUAACAAAGUCGUACAUCAGUACAGUAAUAUGUGGGAGGAAGAAAUGGAGAUGGUGGUUAAUGACCUGAAAAAAGAUGAGAAAGUGAAGACCAAAGGGAUUGUUAUCAGAAAACGUUUGCAGUUAAUGCUUUAUAAUAUCAUGUACAGGAUGAUGUUUGAUGCCAAGUUUGAGUCACAGGAAGACCCGUUAUUCAUUGAGGCAACCAAAUUCAAUUCGGAGAGAAGCCGCUUGGCUCAGAGCUUUGAGUACAAUUAUGGUGACUUCAUUCCAUUGCUCAGACCAUUUUUAAGAGGGUACUUGAACAAGUGCAGAGAUUUACAGCUCAGGAGGCUCGCCUUUUUCAACAAAUAUUAUGUUGAGAAAAGAAGGGAAAUAAUGGCUGCAAACGGGGAGAAACACAAGAUUAGCUGUGCUAUUGAUCACAUCAUAGACGCUCAAAUGAAGGGAGAGAUUAGUGAAGAAAAUGUGCUCUACAUUGUGGAAAACAUCAAUGUUGCGGCGAUUGAAACCACACUCUGGUCGAUGGAGUGGGCUAUAGCUGAGCUGGUGAACCAUCCCGCUAUUCAGCACAAGAUUCGCCAAGAAAUCUCACAUGUCCUGAAAGGAGAGCCAGUCACAGAAUCAAACCUCCAUGAAUUGCCAUACUUGCAAGCCACGGUAAAAGAGACAUUAAGGUUACACACCCCAAUCCCAUUGUUGGUGCCCCACAUGAACCUUGGAGAAGCAAAGCUUGGAGGGUUCACCAUUCCAAAGGAGUCCAAAGUGAUAGUCAAUGCCUGGUGGUUGGCAAACAAUCCCAAAUGGUGGAAAAAUCCAGAGGAAUUCAGGCCAGAGCGAUUCUUGGAAGAAGAACGUGACACAGAUGCCGUUGCUGGAGGGAAAGUUGAUUUUAGAUACCUGCCAUUUGGAAUGGGCAGGCGUAGCUGCCCCGGAAUCAUACUAGCACUGCCAAUCCUGGGGCUUAUCAUUGCCAAAUUGGUUACAAAUUUUGAAAUGAAAACUCCCCUCGGAACAGACAAGAUUGAUGUGAGUGGUAAAGGAGGGCAAUUCAGUUUGCACAUAGCAAACCAUUCAACGGUUGCAUUCAGCCCGAUUAUGGUAUGAUCUCAUUUGAAGAAUGUUGGCCGUAAAUUUUUCAUUUUCAUAUUUCAUUGGAACUAUUUAACAACGAAAAGUUUCUCAAGAAAAAGCAGAUGCCACACAAGUUAAAAGUAUUUCCUUUGUAUUUAUUUGCUGUCCUGUAUCAUUUCUUUUCCUCUAUUUUUUGUUUGGACAAAAUUUACGAAAAAAGUUGAUUUGUUCUAACGUUAGAAGUUAAACCCUUUUUUUUUUCUUUUGGUAUAAUAUUGAU